GAAACUGGAGUAACCAUAAAGACAGUUGAAUUGAAUAACCACUUUAUCUUACUAUCCAAGUGAAUGUAAGAAAAAUGGGUUCCGAUUCCGAAACUAUCAAGCUUCCCACCAUAGAUUUCUCCGAGGUCAAACAAGGUACUCAGACGUGGGACUUGGUGAAAAAUCAAGUCCGCCGGGCCCUAGAAGAAUACGGUUGUUUUGAGGCUUUAUUUGAUAAAAUUCCAAAAGGAACUCGUAAAGCAACACUUGAUGCAUUAAAAGAGCUUUUCGAUCUCCCUUUACAAAUUAAGCUCAAAAACAGAUCGAACAAGCCCUACCAUGGGUAUGUUGGACAACAUGCCUUUGUGCCACUCUAUGAGAGCUUGGGUAUCGGUAAUGCACUUGCCCUUGGAAAGAUCGAAAACUUCGCUAAUCUUAUGUGGCCAAACGGAAACCCUACUUUUAGUGAGGCCGUACAGUCCUUCUCGGAACAAUUAUCAGAAUUAGAUCAAAUAGUUAGAAGGAUGACUAUUGAGAGCUUGGGAGUAGAAAAAUACAUGGAUGAGCACAUGGAAUCGACAGAUUACCUUGUUCGAAUGCAGAAGUACGAUGGACCUCAAAGCAAUGAGACGAAGCUUGGAUUGACUUCCCACACUGAUAAGAACAUUGUAACCAUAUUGUAUCAAAGUGAAGUAACUGGAUUGGAAGUCUUAACGAAAGAUGGAAAGUGGAUUACUGUUGAACCCUCGCUUGACUCUUUCAUUGUCAUGAUUGGAGAUUCUUUCCUUGUAAGUACAUCCUAACUUCUCGUUUUAUUAAUAAUUUUUAUUUUCAUGAUUUAGUUAAGAUAAAUCCUUUUAAACGAAUAAGGAUGGAUGAUUUAUAAGAAUAAUUGGAAGUCAUCCUUUUCCUUUCAUUAAUGUAACAAAUCUUCCGACAAACUUUUUUUAGUAUAAUGCAUUCUCAUCCUCUCAAUUAUGUAGCAAAAUUCGUUGUUCCAUCCAUUUAGUUGAAUUUGCCAUCCUCUUAAGUGAAUAAAAAUAAAAUUAACUCACAAAGCAACAAAAAAAGGAACGGAAAUUGCAGAGGCAGUCCAAUGACAUUUCAAUGAUUUUGUUGUUUUCUCUUUUUUUAUUCAA